GAAUUGGGUUUUGUUGUCGAUUUCGAUUGUUGGUGGAGUGAGAUCAGGGAAAUUUUCGUACUUAGUUACUUUGUGAAAAGGAAUUUAUCUUUAAGAAAAGUGUUCUUAAAAUCUAAACAAAAUGAACAGAAUAUUCGGCAGAGGAAAAUCAAAGACUCCGGGUCCCAGCAUAACAGACUGCAUUGGCACUGUAGAUGGCCGAGCGGACAAUAUAGAGCAGAAAGUCAACAAGUUGGAGACAGAACUCAGGAAAUACAAAGACCAAAUGGCUAAAAUGAGAGAAGGACCAGCAAAAAACUCUGUUAAACAAAAAGCUAUGAGGGUUCUAAAGCAGAAGAAAAUGUAUGAACAACAGUUAGAAAAUCUACGAGCUCAGUCAUUCAACAUGGAACAAGCAAACUACGCCACACAAACAUUGAAGGACACACACGCCACGGUGCAGGCCAUGAAGGACGGUGUCACACAGAUGAAGAAGGAGUUUAAGAAGAUCAACAUUGAUAACAUUGAGGAUGUGAACGACGAUUUGGCCGACAUGUUAGAACAGGCCGACGAGGUGCAGGAAGCCCUGGGCCGCCAGUACGGCAUGCCAGAGAUGGAUGAUGACGAGCUAGCGGCCGAGCUUGACGCCCUAGGCGACGAGAUAGCCUUAGACGAUGACGCGUCGUACCUAGACGACGUAGUGAAGGCGCCCGCCGCGCCGGACAAGGAGCCCGGCGCCGACAGCGUGCGCAACAAGGACGGCGUGCCUGUCGACGAGUUCGGCCUGCCGCAGGUACCCAGCGCCGCGCAGACCUCGCGCUAACUCUGCUCGUAGCCUGCUCGCGCGGCCGGCGGGGCCCGGUCAACUGCACACUAUGCCACAGAUUAUUAAUAACCAUACAUCGGGGUUUUGGGAGCGGGGAUGAAUUUGUGUAUUUAUAACUCUGUUUAUAGUAACUUGAAUUACUGAAAUAUAGAUUAAACUAUGUAUCUGGCUCCAAAUGUACCUAGAAAUGUUAUAGUGAUGUCUGUUGUUCAUCGUUUUCACCCUUUUUGGGCUAGAUCAUUCCCGCUCCCAAAACCCCGAUGUAUGUUAAUAACUUACUAACGUAACAGGGUACGUAACCGAAUGGCACAAACGCUCACGAAACGAAAAGCUCGUAGACAGAGCCAGACUACCUUUCGCGGCGUUUCGUUUUCGUUUGCAGAAAUGCCAUUCGGCUACGGCACCAGAUCCUUCACUUUCCCGCAAAACGACAAAUACCUACGCUUUAUUUAACUAAUACUAAUGAGUUACUAGCUCAGAAGAAUAGUACGUGCCACGCAACUGCACAGGCGGGCGCGUGGCGAGGGCAUUUUAAAUAACUAACUGCUAGUGGGUAGGUACUUAACGCGCGACCGCGAGCGAGUGACGUAGGACGGAUUAUGUGGACUAGUGUGGACUCAAGACACCUGUAUAGCCGCUUCUCUAUAUACCACGGCAAACUAUCGAGCAUUGGCGCG